AAGAUGGCGGACGGAGGGAGUAAUCAUUGACACUAGACUCGACUGUUAUUUCAGUCAUUUUUGGCUAAAGGACGUAACAUAUUCUGUGCUGUUACCAAAGGUCUGGACGAUGUCGGCCCCCAAAAAACACAAGCUAGAGGACGACGAGUAUAUGAUCAGCCCUGUCUACUCGCCCAGCACGUCCAUGGUGGGACCCCCGUGUAGCGGGCUGGAGAACAAGUAUCUGUCGCGAACUCUGGCUCAUGUUUUGCCAGACUGUUUGAAAGAAAUCUGCCAAGUCCGACCUGAGGAUCCUGUGGAAUAUCUGGCUCACAGCUUGUACACGGCGGCGGAUGCGGAAGUUGAGUUCUACAAGAAACAAAUCGAGCUGACCGAGCAAGAAAUCGCACGGAAAGAGCAGCUCCUCGAGUCAACUGCUCGCUCCUUGAACGUGCAGAAACUCUGCGCGGAGAUCGAGAACCUCCGUCUACAGCUCGCUAGGCUCAAGCAAAAGAAGGAGUCCUUGCCAGCUCACUCAAGCCAGCGACGUUACAGCUAGUGACCUGAAAAUAUCUUAAGUUGAGAAUUGGGAGAAUUGCUCUCCAACUAUUCUUAUAUCCCCCAGUCAUGUCACACCCCCUAAGUCAUGUCACACCUCCCAGUCAUGUCACACCUACCAGUCAUGUCACACCUACAAGUCAUGUCACACCUCCCAGUCAUGUCACACCUCCCAGUCAUGUCACACCUACAAGUCAUGUCACACCUCCCAGUCAUGUCACACCU